UUUAACAAAACAUGGCGGCCUGAUUGCCUGUGUUUUCUUGGUGUUGUCAUCUAUCAUCAUUGUGGGUUACUUACAAUACUUUCACUGAUACAGAUGUCAUUACACUACCACCCGCAAAGAUGUUAUCUCCUACUGCUUUGAAUAUGUUUUCACCGUCUCCUGCUAGUUCAGAAGAUAUCGGUUCCUCGGCCCUGUUUCCAUCGCUUGAUCCAGGCCUUUCAACUUCUGGCAUGACUUCAGAGGAGAUUGACGAACAACCCGAAGGGGAAGAAACUGAAUUUGCUGAUGCUGCAGAAUCUGCCACAGCAGAAUUGUUGGAAAAAACUCUGUUGAGGGCAUCAGAACAAAUUUUGCUUCAAAGUGGAGGAAAAUUGCAUGUCAAAGAUAUUGCUGAUGGAAUUGUAGAAAGUGGACUCAUCCCACCCAGAUCAAAGGCUUUGAACAGUCUAGAGUCAAUCUUAUAUCGCGAGACUUUUCGUGAAAGCUCCAGAUUUAAAAGAAUUGAUAAUCGCUUUGGAUGGUUUGCCUUGAUGGAAGUCGAUGUUGACGAGGAUGAUGAUGACGAAGAUGACGAUGAUUCCAUGGAUAAUGAGACAACAGAGGGUGAUGAUCAGUCUGUUAAAACUACAACUUCAAAACAACCCAUUGACUACAACAGAAAAUACCUUAGGAUAAAACGGAUGGUAAAACAACUGGUGUUUGAAAAUGGAGCAUUAUGCGAUGAAGUCCAGAGAACUGAGGCAAAGUUUCAAAGAGCAAAAGCAGAGAGAAAGUUCAUUCUCAAGAGGUUGUUUCAGUAUCAGGCCGCUGCUGAGGCAGGGAUGUUCCAAGCUGCGCCUUAUCCUCCUUUUUCUCCGGACAUGUUACCGCCGAUGAUGUUUCCCCCUUUUGUCCCGGAAAACGCCAAGCCACCCAAAGUGAAGGCCAAGAAGACACCAGUGAAGCCAAAGACUGAGAAAGAACCCAAGUCUUCAGGAGGAACGGCAGCAAAAGCUCAAAAGGCUGCUACAGAGAGUACAGGCAAGGACGGGUUAAAAGAGAAGGAGAAGCCGGCAAGGCAAGAAAAGAAAAAGCCUGCCAAACCAAAGAAGCCUAAAGCGCAACCUGAGAACUCCGUACCUAGCGCCGCAACUGCUGCUGUUGCUGCUGCUUCUGCAGCGGUAUCAUCGAAAGCCACAACGGUAGCCAAUCAAGGUACUCCUCCUGUGAAACCUAAAAGGAAGAAGCCAGGUACUGCCAUAAAGAGGAAGGUGCAGCCCAUUGCAGUGGAUGCCAAAGGCAAACCCAUUUUUCCCAUUGUGCUAGGAGGUCUCACAGUUCAUAGCCUUGGCGAGAUUGUUCAUGACCGGCCCGGUUUCCACUCUGAACGUUAUAUUUGGCCCGUGGGCUACUGCAGCUCCAGGACGUAUCCGAGCAUGCGUAAUCCAGAGAAGAAGUGUAUUUACACCUGCAAGAUUCUGGAUGGGGGAUUCGGACCGCAAUUUGAGAUGUGUCCUGAGGAUGACCCAGACCACCCAAUCGUAGCCUCUUCGGCCACAGCUUGCCACUGCGUUGUACUGAAGGCGGUCAAUAAAGCCAGGGGUAGGGACGCGUCUAAUACAGGCUCGGGUCCAGAGUUUUUCGGUUUCUCUCACCCAACCAUUCAGUAUUUGAUUCAAAGCUUGCCUGGAGCGCGAAAAUGUACUAAAUACCAGUGGGUGAAGUUUGAAUUACCAAAACCACAAAGCAAACAAGAUCCAGACAUGGGACCGCUGACUCUGGCGUCUACCAUCACUCCUCUCUCGUCCCCAGGACUCUGCAGUCCUAGUCCUAGCACACAGCUUGAAGGAUUAGAGCAUGACACCGAAAUGGAUCCAGGAUUGAAUCCGCUGAUGUCUUCACCCACUCGAUCCGCCUUUCCGACUUCUCUCUCGGGCAUGCCACUCUCGCCCACUGCUGCUGGUCAAGCAUCGUUUGUCCUGCCUCCUACUUCGCCUCUGUUUGGGAACAGUUCUGGUUUUCCAGGAACAGGGAUUCCAGACUCGCCUCCAAAGUAGCAUCCUAUUCGGUGUAUUAAAUGAAGAACUUUGUUGAUGUAUUGGGACCCCGUGAGGUUUGUGAUCCCUUCUAAUAUCAUCGUGAAACCUUAUUACACGGACGGUGAUUUUCACCCAUUCGGAGACUGGGUGAAGCAGCGUAUUUGGCAUGGCGAGGGCAGUGAGCUCGAGCGACAAAACCUCAAAUGGGAAAAUCAGUCUUCCGCCUUAUCCCCCUUGUCCCUAAGACAGUUACCGUGACAGAAGCGUUGUCUCUUUAGGAGUUUUCUUUUUAGGGUACAAAAAAAUUGCGAGAAUUGAAGAGGUAGACCCGAUUACUAACCGCUGUUCGGGAAAUGAGCCCGCGCUCAUCCGCUGAACUGAACUCCUCGGCGGAAUCGGAGGCUGGAUCCGACAGAAAAAAAAAAAAGAAACAGAGGGAAUUCGUGUCUACCAAGAGGAAACAGAAGUAACUGUGCUGAGUUACAUGAAUGUAAUGAGAUAAGACGAGACGUCUAUAUAUCUGUGUAUCUUCUAGUGCGAGGUAAAGAGCUUGUACAUAAUUGUAAUCAAGUCGAGUGAAAUGGUGAACUACAUGAGAUGUGUUCGAUACGUUAAAUGAAUUAAAAUUAUAUUCUUGGAAACUCGA